AGUUUGAGUAAAAUAUAUACCUGCACAUUUCAGCUGUCGUGUCAAACCGCGUUUGGACACAAGAUGUCGCUGUUGACCGUGAGUUUGAAGGUCUUUCCAUAUUAUUAUUCAUACUCCGCCCUGUGCAUAAGAGCCUAAGCUAGAGCUCCAGAAGCUCCCGAAAUCGCUGAGUCUUGGACCUUUUUUCUUCUAUAUAUGGACGUUUGAUAGCAAAGCAAGCCAUUUCUUCUUUAAAAGUCCUGUAGACGCGAGGAAGCGAUGAGUUCUCUGGAUAUUGGUGCCUCAGCCUGGAUAAAGGCGCUGCUGCUGCUUUGUUUGUGGGAUUUUUCUCGAGGCCAGAUUUCGUACUCGGUUUCAGAGGAAGCGAAGAAGGGCACCGUUGUUGGAAACAUAGCGAAGGAUCUUCAUGUCAGUGUGCAGGAGCUGGAGUCGCGCAUGUUUCAGUUCGUGUCUGGACCUAAUGCGAAGUAUUUCGAGGUGAAUCCAAAGACUGGGAUGUUGCUCGUUAGUGAAAGAAUAGACAGAGAGCAGCUGUGCGAAAGCAAACUGAAAUGCGUAAUGAACGUUGAAGUGAUGCUGCACAAUCCACAUAAGCUGUACCGGGUUGAAGUGAAUAUACUGGAUAUUAAUGAUAAUUCUCCUGUGUUUCCACGUCAGUCGAUGGUUUUGGAUGUUACUGAAAAUGUGCUCGUGGGAGAUCGGUUUCCGGUGAGCACUGCGCGUGACAUGGAUGUCGGUAGCAAUGCUGUGAAAACCUAUAGAAUUAACACGAAUGAAUAUUUCACGCUGGACGUGCAGAACGGUGGGUCGCCUGAGCUCGUGCUUCAGAAAUCUCUCGACCGAGAGCGCGAGUCGGUGAUUAAGCUCGAACUGACUGCAGUAGACGGUGGGAAUCCACCUAGAUCCGGGACAUUGCAGAUUGCUAUAAACGUGCUGGAUGUUAAUGACAAUAACCCUAUUUUUACCCAGUCACUGUACAAAGUUAAAGUGAAGGAAAAUGCAGCUCUGGGAAGCAAAAUUCUUACUGUUUCUGCUGUAGAUUCAGAUGAGGGUGUGAACAGUGAGGUGUUGUAUUCUAUUAUUAGCGAUGAGGAAAAUUCUGGUUUAGAUAUUUUUUCCAUAAACCUCAAUUCUGGAGAUAUAACAGUCACUGGAAAUAUCGAUUAUGAGGAAAACCCAGCAAUUGAGCUGAGAAUACAAGCUCAGGAUAAAGGAACACCUCCCAGAAGGUCUAGAUGCAAAGUUUUGAUUGAAGUUCAGGAUGUAAAUGAUAAUGCACCUGAAAUUUCAGUCACUCUGCUCAUGAACUCGCUAAGGGAAGACAUCAAACCUGGCGCUGAUGUAGCAUUAAUCACUGUAUCAGAUAAAGAUGAUGGUAAAAACGGAAAAGUAGACUGUAAAAUAGCAGGAGCGAGUCCAUUUAAGCUACAGCCGUCCUAUAAAAACUCAUAUUCUCUUGUGGUAAAUGAACCGCUGGACAGAGAGCAGGCCUCCCAGUAUAACAUCACAGUCAUCGCCAGUGAUGAAGGCUCUCCUUCUCUUUCUAGCACUGGAAAUAUAGUCGUUCAUGUUUCUGACGUGAAUGACAAUCCACCUCUAUUUCCAGCACCCGUCAUAAACCUCAGCGUCAAAGAAAACAGCCCAGUUGGCGGCCUGCUGGCAUCACUAACAGCAAAAGACGCAGAUAUCGGUGAAAACGCUCAUAUUUCAUAUUCCUUAAUUGAUGGAGACGGUAGUAAAAUCCCUGUGUCCACUUUAAUGAACAUAAACUCCCUCACAGGUGAACUGUACAGCUUACAGUCCUUCAACUACGAGGAAACCAAACAGAUCCAGUUUAAAGUUCAGGCCACUGACACUGGUGUCCCUCCACUCAGCAGCAAUGUGACUGUGAACGUCUUCAUCCUGGAUGAGAAUGACAACAGUCCAGUUAUCUUACCUCCUUACUCUGAAGCUGGGUCAGUAAACACUGAGAACAUCCCCUACUCUGCUGAAGCGGGAUACUUUGUGGCUAAAAUCCGAGCUGUAGAUGCUGAUUCUGGUUAUAAUGCGCUGCUGUCUUAUCACAUCACUGAACCUAAGGGGACUAAUCUGUUCCGCAUUGGAAGCAGCACUGGAGAAAUCAGGACUAAGAGACGAAUGAGUGACCACGACCUGAAAACUCACCCACUUGUUGUGACAGUAUGUGACCAUGGAGAACCUUCACUAUCAGCUACAGUGACUGUUGAGGUUGUGGUGGUUGAAAGUCUGGACAGCGUGCAGCCUUCCCUAAGACAAGUGCCGAUGAAGGAGGAGGGCUUUUCUGAUCUGAAUCUGUAUCUGCUCAUCGCUAUUGUCUCAGUGUCGGUGAUCUUUCUGCUGAGCCUCAUCGGUUUAAUAGCAGCUAAAUGCUACGGGUCAGAGGGCGGUUUGAGCGGGUGCGGCGCUCCAGUGGUCACUACACACCCUGACGGGAGCUGGUCUUACUCUAAAGCCACUCAGCAGUACGACGUGUGCUUUAGCUCUGACACGAUGAAGAGUGACGUAGUGGUUUUCCCCUCGCCGUUUCCGCCUACAGACGCAGAGCUGAUCAGCAUUAAUGGAGGGGACACUUUCACUCGGACACAGACUCUCCCCAGCACUGGGAAG